GUUGUGUUGUGUUGUGUUGUGUUGCGUUGCGUUGUGUUCUGCGGUACCUGCUGUACUCUUUGCAGCAUUGUCGUUGUUGCUUUGCGUUGUGUUUGUUUUCGACUUCCUUUGCUCCCAAACUCGUUGUUCGUUCGAUCUUGCCAUCUCACUCCGCCUCCCACUCAUUCGGUUGGUUACUAUGUACUUUUCCUUUGCGUUCUCCCUGAUUUCCGCUCAGCUGAAGGCCAACUUCUAUUUCUGGAUGACGGCGGCCGAAAGCGUUGAGAGCCAGCAAAAGGGGGUGGUCUUUCUUGUCUGGCCGGGCCCAAACGACACACUGCGGGCCAUCCCUAACCAAACCGACCGGGCGCUGCACUGCAAAUGCAACGCAGCGGCACCGAUCCGGAUUGCCGCGGUACACUUUUGCUUGCCGAACAAGCCAUUCUUCCACCUGUUACGGAAUAUUAUGGCCGCGACUCUGGGUUUGGCCUACAGGCUAAGGCUCAAGUUUCACGUGGGUAAGUAAUGCAAUGUUCUACAUUAUGUUAUGCCGAAUGUUAUCGUACAAUGAUGUGGUUUGCUUUCGCUGUGCCGUGUCGCGCUUCUGGGAACAGAAGAGAACCACUUCAAUCCAUUUCAACCUUUUGCGAGAUUCAAUUCAAUUCAAAUCCAACACCAUCGAGCUGACACCACGUCCUCCCUUCGCUGUCCACUUUCUUUUGUUUGAAACGAAUCGCAACACCGUAGGGGAAGGUGUGGAGCUGCAGUAUCGCCUGAAGGGUUACGGCAUACCGGUCGAUCUGACUCCCCUUACGGACAGCGGAAACAUCAAGACGAUGUACCUGAAACAAUGGCUGCGCUUGCGAAAGAUCAUCGAGACAGGCAUUACCCCGAGCGGUGUCAAAACCAGCACCGUCUCUAUCAUCGAGUGCCCGGGGUCCAACGACGUCAUCUUUCGGCCGGGUACCUCCAUGCUUUGUCACCCCGGGAACGUCGCCUUCCGGGGAUUGAUCGAGGCCAAACAAAACCGAAUAACGGUGAAGCGAGCCGAAAAGGAAGAAGUCGCACUGGAAAUCAUCCAGGAAGUUCGAUCCACAGGAGGGAGGUUCCUGAUGUGGGACAACGGCGGGUGGUGGUCGGAACUGAAUGAUAUUCCUUUGAUCAGCGUUAAGAUUUCCAUUUCGUACCGAGACUUCAAGACAAAGGUGAAGACACUGGUGCAGCAGCACCAGCAGGAACAGCAACGAAAGCAACAGAAUCUAGCUUCCGCCACCAAUGAUUUUCUACCGGGGGGCGACAAGAAACGGAAACGUUCCAUGAUCCCAACCUUUUGUGGCACAUUUGAAUAGCGACGAACAACGACUACCACGAUAACGACGACAACCAAAUUGCAAUCGACUAAGCACGAGGGCAACAAAGACAAACCAACACCAACGCACUGCUGCAACAUGGAUUGCGAAUGCGAGCGGAAGAGCAUACGAAUCAGACAUGGAGUAAUCAAUCCGCCAGGAAUGACCAUCUUCUGCGAGAAUAUCGCAGCUGUGGUCAAAUGCAAUUUAUUGCAGCUGCGGUCUGUUAUUGCGGGUGCAGUCUAUUGCUGCGAUAAUUGCGAUACGUGCAAUAUAUAUAUAUAUAUAUAUAUAUAUCGGAGCUGCGUUGUGAUCUACUAGUACUAUACUUGCUACAAUUGCAUAAUGCUCUGCGGUAAUUGCGUGCAUCGGAGUUCAUUGCAAGAUUAUCGUAGCUGCGACAACUGCAAUCAUUGCUCGCAGCUGUGAAAAACGAGAUGAUUAUCGGACCUGCAGUCUGUUGCUGCGACAAUUGCAAUUACAAUGUAUUCCUUGAUAAUCUUUUAAACCACGAAUUAACCUUGCCCUCGUCAUCACCAUCGACGGCGACGACAACGACAACAACAACGACAACAACGAUCGUCGCGGCCACGGAUGCCAGUGGUUCRGUUGGCGAUGGCACCAGACGAGUCCCUCGAUUCCGAUCUCCGCUUCCAUCGGUCUUGUCCGCAAUGCUUCUUUGCCGCCGCCACUUGGCAGUGCUCCGCGUUUCGUCGCUCCUCUUUGUUGUGUUUGGGGUGUUUGUUGCUUGUUUGUUACACUGGCGUUUGCAUUCUCCCUCACCCUCAAAGUGCGGAACCUGUUGUGGUCCUUAUCACGAUUGGCAUGCAAUGCUUGGUUGGGGUUGGGAUUGAUUCCGUGCCGGGUGAGCCGCAGGUGCUGUUGUGCUGUUGUGCUGCAAUCAUACUACGCAUCGACAGAUCCAUAAUCGUGAGCAUGAACUGUUGAUGUAUGUCUACGUACUCGUGAUUCAGGCUCACACUCGUCGUACCUGUACCGGUACUACCCGUACGUGUACACUCGGUGUUGUGAGACACGCCACCGCAUAUUUCUUCGUGAGGCAACACCGUGCACACCGCGCRGGGAAUGACGACCAAUCACGAGCAGAGCAUAUAUAUUUUAUGGUACCGUUCUUCUUUUGAAACUCGAGGCAUAGUAUUAUCUCGACAGUUUUGUUAGCGCAUCAAUGUAUCAGUCUUUAUAAUAGAGCUAAAAAUUAUUA